CUCUCCCCGCGCACGCCGGCGGAAGCCGCACCGAGCGCGGCCCCUCUGCGCCGGGAGCGCCCGCGCCCCGCGUGUCCCCGCUCCCGCAUUCCCCCCACGCCGCGCGGAAGGGAUGGCGGGCACGGGCGCGGCCCUGCUCGCGGGGCUGCUGGCGAGGCUGGCGCUGGUGCUGUACGGGCUGCACCAGGACCGCGCCAUGCGGGUGCGCUACACCGACGUCGACUACCGGGUGUUCACGGACGCGGCGCGCCUGGUGACCGAGGGGCGCUCGCCCUACGGGCGGGCCACGUACCGCUACACUCCGCUCCUGGCCUGGCUCCUAACGCCCAACGUGUUCCUCGCCGAGGCCUUCGGGAAGCUGCUCUUCGUGGCCGGGGACCUGGCGGCCGCCGCCGUCGCCUACCGGGCCCUGCGGCGCCGGGGGGCCGCCGCCGGCCGCGCCUGCGGGUGCUGCGCCGCCGCCUGGCUCCUCAACCCCCUGCCCAUGGCCGUGUCCAGCCGGGGCAACGCGGAGGCGCUGGUGGCGCUGCUGGUGCUCGCCACGCUGUACUGGGUGGAGGCGGGCAGCGUGGGCAAGGCCGCCGUGUGCUACGGGCUGGCCGUGCACAUGAAGAUCUAUCCCCUGACCUACGCGCUGCCCAUCGCGCUCCGCCUGCGCGCCGGGCCGCGCCGCGCGGGUGGGCGACACAGGGGUGACAAAACGGCGAAGGUCACGUUUGUGGCGCGCCUCUGGCGCCUCUUUGUAGAGAUGCUGAACCGCGAAGUGCUGCUCUUCGGAACAGUUGCCGGAUCGGUGCUGGCUGCCUUGACUGUGGCAUUUUAUCACCUCUAUGGCUGGGAGUUUUUGGAGCAUGCCUACCUCUAUCACCUGACUAGGAGGGACAUCCGUCAUAACUUCUCUCCCUAUUUCUACAUGUUGUACUUGACAGCAGAGAGCAAAUGGAGUUUUGCCCUUGGGCUCGCAGCUUUCCUGCCCCAGCUGAUUUUGCUGCUGGUUGUGUCCAUAGCGUUCUACAGAGACCUCGCCUUCAGUUGUUUCUUACACACCGCUAUUUUUGUGACUUUUAACAAAGUAUGCACAUCCCAGUACUUUGUCUGGUAUCUCUGCCUUUUGCCCCUCGUUAUGCCUAGUAUUAAGAUGUCCUGGCAUCGGGGUGUGCUGCUUCUCUUUCUGUGGUUCGUCGGACAAGGCCUGUGGCUUGCUCCUGCAUACUUUCUGGAGUUCAAAGGAUAUAACACUUUCUUAUUUAUAUGGUUGGCAGGCUUGCUUUUCCUUUUAAUUAAUAGCCUCAUAAUUGUUCAGAUUAUUUCACAUUAUCAAAAAGAAGCACAAGUUGCAAAAAAACUGAAACAACGGUAAUAAACUGACCAAAAUCCAGAAA